GGGUACCAUUUCAGCUGUGAGGGAGGGGGGUCACUCCACUGCACAUUGUUUAAUGAUCUCCAUAUGCUAGAGAGACCCUGUGGGCAGAUGGAGAAUUGUCUACCGAGUGAGGGACAAGUUCAUGGACGACUCUGCAGACCAGGUGCAAGUUUCUUCUUCGAUGCCAAUCUCUGCAGGUCUGGGACAGUUGGGAACUACAGAGCUGCAUCUCUUCACUGCACUCUGUCUCUAAGGGAGCUGCCCCUGUCACUCAGGCACCACUAGCCAAUCACGGCCUCCAGAUGGACUUCCAUUCAGAAUGUGGGCGGGUACUUCCGAUCCCACUUGGUGAAGGCUCCCUAAGCUCCGAGUUUGGGGAUGUGAGACCCUGGUGUGCUGCGCUGUGACCGGCUGCCGGGAGCUGGGAGGGGAGCGGGGCCAGCUGGGAAUCCGCCAUGGAAGCAGUGACCUAUGAGGAUGUGCAUGUAAACUUCACUCAUGAAGAGUGGGCUUUGCUGGAUCCUUCCCAGAAGCAUCUCUACAAAGAUGUGAUGCUGGAAACCUACUGGAACCUCACUUGUAUAGGUUACAAAUGGGAAGACCAUAAUAUUGAAGAACAUUGUCAGAGCUGUAGAAGAAAUGGAAGUUGGUGCCCUUGCUUGGUUUGCAUCUUCGGAGCUGUUGCAAUGGCUGGUGUAUGUGGAGGGCCCCUGCAGGUUUGGCCUUGGCCCAGGAAUGAAGAGUGAAUCUAGAG